UUUCCCUUUUUUUCUUAAAAUCUCUAAAAAAAUCUGUUUGUGCUUUACAAAUUUAAUAAAAUAAUAAUAAUUUAUAAAGUUUGUGAAUUGACUAUGUGAAAUAUUAUGUUUAAAUUAGUUUUAACUUUAUUAUUCUAUUUAUUAAAUAUGACGUGCGCUGCCAAUCUUAACCAAACCAAUCCAAACACAUUAUCGUUUCAUCGUGAUCCUGUCAUUAUUUUCAAUGAAUUGACAGCAUACGCUUAAAAACCAAUUUAGUAAAAUAACAAUACAAUAGUUUUCUAGUGCUCAUAACAUGAAAUAAUUGCUUUUCUUACGCUUGCACACAAAGUCAUGCCAUGUUGAGAAAACAUUUCAUGCUGUGUGUACUAUUCUCAUUAUCUAAUAUUUUAGAAUGUCUAUAAGUUGAAGACGAAAUCCAAGCAUCAAAAACUAUACCCUGUUACCAUUUAUUUUCUAUGGCAACAGGGUAUACCCCAGGUACCUAACCUGAAGUUACAUGGUGCUUCUAAAUUUCUAAAGUAACUUCUAUUUCAGAUUAUAGCUGGAAAAUUGUUAUAACCAUUAGUUAUAACAAUAGUAGGACAGGACAGAGCUUGCCUUUUAGUUUUUGAAUCAGUUUACGUUUAUAAGUAUUCAAGCCUGUACUGGAACAAUAUAAAGUAUUGUGGCAAAAAAUAAUGAUUAAAUAACAUUUCAUCAAGGUGGAUGAACUAAACUUUAUUGAAAUCAUCAUUAUUCAAUAUUAGCUUUUGGUAGAACUUUUAAAUAAUAUAUUAAUUGUUUUACAGAAUUUUUCAAAUCAUGUUCUUUAAGUUCUUUGACCCAAAAGAGGGACACAGGAUAUAAAGAGAUUAGUUUUUAUAUUAAUUAAAUCUUGCAAACCCUACUUGUUCAAUUCUAUUCAUUAACCUUAUAUUGAUUUUCAAUAUAGAUACCAUGGAUGGCAAAGUAAAGUGACAGAAAGGGGCUAAAUGAGAGGAGCACUGAAUGAGUUUUCAUUGAGAACAACAUGAAAAGUUCAACAAACUGAGUAAUGUUGCAGAUGACAAAGGACAGGGUGGAAAUGUACAGAGGAAAUAGAACAUUUAAAAACGAAGUACAGCCUAUGUUUUUCACUUCCAAGUGAUUUAAGAUAUGGCUGAUAAAUAUGAGAAACAUUCAAAACAUGACUCUACAAGAGACUCAAGAAAUAAAGGUAGAAAAAGUAAUAAGGACAGUGCAAAAUUUAAACAAAGUGAAUGCAAAACUCCUCCUCUCCCUAUCAGACAUGGUUGUAGUAUUGAAGAAUUAAUGAAGCAAAGGCAAACUAUAAAGGAGGAGCUGAAAAAUAUUGAAAAAGAUGGAAAUAAAAGGAAAGAAGUUAUUAAAAAAUGUAAAACUGAAACAAAAUGUUCUGAAAAAUCAAAAUAUAAACACAAUACUGGUAGUUUACAUGAAGCUGAAAUCAUUAGCAAAACGUUAAAACAACCUUCACCAGAAAAAGAUUAUAACCAAAUAGAUUCUGAAGAUGAGGAAAAUAUAAUUGAACAGAGAAGACUUAAACGAAAACAAUUAUUAGAACAACUAAAUGCAAAAAAAUGUAAAACAGAACUAAUAGUAAAUCAUUUUCAAGAUAGUCAUGAAAAUGUACAAAAGGAGGUUGUGAAAAAAGAUUCACCCAAAUAUUUAUCAAAACCUCAAAUUGUAACUGAUAUGUUUUCAGAGGAAGACUUUGCAUCUAAAAAGAAUAUUGAUAUUGUUACACAAGACAAUAAUGAGACAACUUCUCAGCUAAAUGACAAUUGGGAUGACUGUGAAGGAUAUUAUAAUAUUAAAGUUGGGGACAUUGUUAAUAAUAAUAGAUAUACAAUUAAAUCUUUAUUGGGCCAAGGUGUUUACGCUAAUGUUGUAAAAGCUCAAGAUAAUAGUAAAGCAAAUAGUGAAAUUGCAAUUAAAAUAAUUAGAAACAAUGAGUUGAUGUACAAAACAGGCUUGAAGGAAAUUAAGAUUUUAAAAGAAAUUAAUGAUGCUGAUUCUGAAAAUAAAUAUCACUGUGUAAGGUUACUUUCACAGUUUAUGCACAAAGGACAUCUCUGUUUGGUGUUUGAAGCUCUGCAUAUGGACUUGAGAUGUGUACUCAAGAAAUAUGGCAAAAACCAUGGAAUUAAUGUGAAAGCUCUGACAAGUUACAGUAGACAGUUGCUACUUGCACUUCGACUAUUGAAAAAGAUUGGCAUUAUACAUGCUGAUAUAAAACCUGAUAAUAUUUUAGUAAAUGAAAAAAAGAAUACUCUUAAACUCUGUGAUUUCGGAUCCGCUAUGAAAAUAAAUGAUAAUGAACCUACUCCAUACUUAGUAUCUAGGUUUUACAGAGCGCCUGAAAUUAUACUUGGUAUACCAUACAAGCACAGUGUGGAUGUAUGGUCAACUGCUUGUACAAUAUAUGAGAUGGCUACUGGUAGAAUACUCUUCACUGGAAGCUCUAAUAAUAGAAUGUUGAAAAGUUUUAUGGACUUAAAAGGAAGGAUACCUAGUAGAAUAUUAAGGAAAGGCAAAUUUAAAGACCAACAUUUUAAUUACAAUAAUAAUUUUCUCUUACACAAAACAGAUGAAUUAACUGGUAGAGAAAAGGUUAUUGAAGUUGCCAAUAUUAUUCCCUCGAGAGAUAUGGGUAAAGAACUAAGGAAGAGUUUCAAAAAUGCAAAUAUCAAUGAAGAAAAGAUUAUAACAAAUCUAAAAGAUCUAUUGGAGAAAAUGUUAGCUUUGGAUGAAAACCAAAGAUUAACCCCCACUGAUUGUUUGAAGCAUCCAUUUAUAUUUGAAUCACUGCGGACUGAAUAGACAAAAUAAAUUUUAUUAAACUAUUAA